AUGAAAAGAUAUGUGAGUGUGCUCACACUGAUACCUGGGACUCUCUACGGGGCCAGAGACAACGUGACAAGGACCUCCGGACCCUGGUCUCCAACCUGUCCCUACCAAGGUCUCCCCAAGACCACUAACCGAUACUUCCCUGGCAACUCCAUCAAGACCACCAAGUACUCUUUCUGGUUCUUUAUUCCUCUGAACCUGUGGGAGCAGUUGCACAGAUUUGCUAACGUCUACUUUGUGGGGCUGGCCUUGUUGAACCUUGUGUCUGCCGUUGAGGCCUUUCAACCGGAGGUUGCUCUGAUUCCUAUAUGUGUCAUAUUAACCCUGACGGCCCUGAAGGAUGGAUGGGAGGACUACAGGAGGUAUCGGUCUGACAGGAGGAUCAACUAUACAUCCUGUCUGAUAUACAGCAGGAAGGAGGGGGACUUUGUGGAGCGACGUUGGAAGGACGUGAGGGGGGGAGACAUCGUGGUGGUGUCUAACGAGAUCCUCCCAGCUGACCUGUUGUUUCUCCACACCUCCGACCCUGACGGGGUUUGUCACGUUGAGACCGCCACCCUGGAGGGAGAGACCAACCUCAAACAGAGACAGGUCGUCCCAGGACUCUACACACAGGAUAUUUUCUUUAAUCCACAACACUUCAACAGCAAAGUAGUCGUUGAAAAACCCAACGACAAACUCAAUCAUUUCAAAGGUUACAUAGAGACGGCUGAUAUCAGGAAGUUGGGCUUUAGGAUUGACAGUCUGCUGCUGAGGGGGUGUACCGUCAGAAACACAGACCACGCAGCUGGGUUCGUGGUGUACGCAGGCCGUGAGACCAAGUCCAUGCUAAAUAACUACAGACCCAGGUACAAACGCAGGUACAGGUACAAACUGGAACGCAAGAUGAACAUGGACGUGCUCUUUUGUGUCAUUGUGCUCUUCUGCAUGUGCCUUAUAGGAGCGCUUGGUAAGUUGAACCUGCAGUUCACCUCAAUUCCAAUACCAUACAAUCAUGGUAACACAAUUCAUCCUGUUCUCUCUACUCAUCUCUUCCUCCCUCCUCUCUUCCUUCUCCUUCAGAUCCUGAUUCCCAUCUCCUUGUACGUAUCCAUUGAAAUUGUGAAGGCGGGUCAGGUGUUCUUCAUCACUAACGACAUAGACCUGUAUGAUGAAGAGACAGACAGCAGAGUCCAGUGUAGAACCCUCAACAUCACUGAGGACCUGGGACAGAUUCACUACGUCUUCUCGGACAAGACUGGUACCCUCACAGAGAACAAGAUGGUGUUCAGAAGAUGCACCGUCAUGGGAACAAUGGGAACUGAAACAGAGGUGGUGACAGACAGAAAGCUACUUCAGCGUGUCCUGAGAGAUAACAGAAUGGAGGGGUGCCAGAACAAUAUACCUGCAAGCCCUCAAAAACACCUUGACUGGUUCGCCAAGGAAGGACUACGUACCCUCUGUUUGGCAAAGAAGGUGCUUAGUAAGAAGGCCUAUGAGGACUGGUCCCUGGUGAGACAGGAUGCUGUGGCUGCCAUCAACAACAGAGAGGAACUCCUUAUGAAAACAGCAAUACACCUGGAGACACACCUCACUCUGCUAGGGGCCACGGGUAUAGAGGACUGUCUGCAGGACAGUGUUCCUGACACCAUCAUGGCCCUGAGAGAGGCAGGGAUCCAGGUGUGGGUUCUGACAGGGGACAAGCCCGAGACGGCCGUCAACAUCGCCUACGCCUGCAGGCUGCUGGACCAGGGAGAUCUAGUUAUCAACAUGAGAACCAACAACAAGGAAGCAUGUAUGAGUAUGUAUGGAGCAUGUAUGGAGCAUGUAUGGAGCACAGCUGCUAUGUCCACUCUCCAGUCCACAGAGUCCAACUGCACUGUACAGUAUUCUAUCGAUCCAGCAGCCCAGACUACGAUCUGCCCGGACCACAGCCCCUCCAACGGCCUGGUGAUUAAUGGGCAUACCCUGGGCAUGGCUCUGGAGUCAGAUCUGGUGGAGCGGUUUGUGGAGCUAGCUCGGCGCUGCCGCUCUGUGCUAUGCUGCAGGGUCACGCCUUUACAGAAGAGCAACGUUGUUAAGGUGGUUAGGGAGAGACUGAAGGUCAUGAUCCUGGCUAUAGGAGACGGUGCGAAUGACGUGAACAUGAUCCAAGCAGCUGAUGUCGGCGUCGGUAUAUCGGGACAGGAGGGCAUGCAGGCUGUCAUGGCCAGUGACUUCUCCAUCUCCUGUUUUAAACACAUGAAGAAGCUUCUCCUGGUCCACGGUCACUGGUGUUACAGCAGACUGGCUAACAUGGCCAUCUACUUUUUCUACAAGAAUGUGACCUAUGUCAACUUCCUCUUCUGGUACCAGUUCUACUAUGGGUUCUCUGGCAUGACCCUGAUCCAAGGAUAUAAUCACUUUACAUUUUGGAUCUCCAUGCUGGACGCAUUCUAUCAAAGUCUGGUUUGUUUCUUCAUUCCAUUUUGGACCUACCAUGGAUCAGACAUAGACAUCUACACGUUUGGAACUCCUAUUAACACUGUGUCUUUAUUCACAAUCCUUCUGCAUCUGGCCAUAGAGAUCAAAACCUGGACUGUAGUCCACUGGUUGAUCAUGCUGGGCAGUGUAUCUCUGUACUUCAUGGUGACCCUGGUCUACAGUGCUGUGUGUAUCAGUUGUAAUCCACCAUCAGACCCCUACUGGAUCUUACAGCAGCAAAUGACUGACCCCAUGUUUUACCUGGUCUGUGUCAUCACUACUGUGGUCGCCCUGCUGCCCAGGUACACAUGCCGUGUGCUGAUUAACACAGUAGCCCCCUCCACCAUCGUACGGGCUAGGCAUCUGGAGCGACUGGACCCCACCACCAAGGAACAGUGGAUCAGGGAGUGGAGGGGGCUCAGGGGAGAGAGCCCAUGGGGGGUGGGCGCCGGAAUAGACCCAGAAACAGGAGCCUUCUCUGGGCAAUCAAUGUCACCACUGCCUCACCAUCAUCCACCUUGGGGCCCUUCUCCUCAGAGCACAGUCCGGUUUGAACUCCAACAACAACCAGUUGAGACAUCACAGAAAGUGACAUCAUGA